GGCUGCUGAGUCUGCCACAAGCUGUCGUGCCGGGACGUGGGCUGUACGUAUAUCCAUUGCGUGCGGACGGUCGCUUUGGGAACUGUGGACAGGUCACCAACGGUGAAGAAUCUCCUCCAAAAGGCCAAGAUGAGAGAACGGUCUCAAAAUAAGAAACUCCAGAAAGUGAUAAAGGAGAGAGAUGCUCUUCGCAAACAACUGGCAUACCUGUCUAAAGCUGCCAAAGAAGACUCUUCAGAGGAAGACACAGCCUCCUGCUCAUCCAACAGUUCUUCAAUGAGCCAGUCCUCCUCCUGCUCUUCCUCCUCCUCCUCAGAUGAUGAUGAUGAUGAUGAUAAGAUGAGACGAAAGGGCAAGGGCAAGGCCAAACUCAGACUUACGAAGAACAAAAAGAAGAUGAAGAAGCACCACAAAGCCGAUGUCCGCAAAAGAGCCCGUGGCCCUUUUGAAGUCAUUCGAAGAUAUAAGAAGGUCCUAAAGGCUUACAACCGAGGUUUGAAACUGUCAGCUGCUUGCGCAUAUGCCGGGGUGAAUGAACUGACAGUCAGGUCAACGGCGAGCAUUGCCGAGCUUGCAACAGCGUCCCCCGGCCGAAUUCACGAAGCUCCUUAA